AUGGAUCCCAACGCACUUCCAUCCAUUAUUGUCACAAAUAGGGAGUUGGCGCUUAUGAAUGCCAUCGCACAUGUUUUCCCUCAAGCUACCAACCUCCUAUGCAGGUGGCAUAUUGGCAAGAAUGUAUUAGCCAAGUAUAGAAAGAUGUUUGAUGACAAGAUGUGGGAGGAGUUUAUUUGCAGUUGGGGCCUAGUUGUCCUUUCAUCGAGUGUUGCACAGUAUGAGGAGUGCCUUUGUGUUUUGAAGCGUAAUUUUGAAAUGGUUCCUGCAGCACUUGAGUACGUCGAGAAAAAUUGGUUGGUACCCUACAAAGAGAGGUUUGUAGGAGCUUGGACGGACAAAGUCAUGCAUUUCGGAAACCUAACAAGUAACAGGGCGGAGAGUUCACAUUCGAAGCUAAAAAAUCAUCUUGAAAACUCGCAAUGCAAUUUUGAUACUAUAUGGGAGAAGAUUCACAGAUUGAUGCUGUUACAAGUUACUGAAUUCAAAGCUUCGUUUGAGAAGAGCCUUAAUUCUAUGCAACAUGAUUUUAGGACAACUCUAUUUGAUAGGCUAAGGGGAGUCGUUUCGUCAAAUGCCAUGACACUUGUUUUAGCGGCAUCCUAUCAAGUCGAAUGGUUUGUGGAAUCGAAGCGUCAGUGCGAGUGUUCUUUGAGGCACACCCAUGGUUUACCUUGCGCUCAUGAGAUUGCUCCUUACAAGAUGGCAAAUAUCUCUCUACCGAUUGAGUUAAUCUACGACCAUUGGAAGAGGCUUUCUUUGCUUGCACCCCAGAAUGAGGGUUCGAUGGAGGAGACGCUUUUGGCUCACUUUGAUUGUUUUUACAACAAGUUCUUGAAUGAAGAUCAAUUUGAUGUAAAGCUAAAUUAUGUUAAGAAAAUGCAAGAGCUUGCUCAUCCAAAAACCAGUACUCUCCUUGGACCCAAAGUGAAUGCACAACCACGCGGUCGGAAGUCAACGAAAGAAAAAAAUGCAGCCAAAGAACAAAAUUCGACGCGUAGGGAUCCCUCAGAAUUUGAGCAUUUCCCAGAAGCAAUAAGACCUUACAUAGAAUCGGUCAAGGAUGUUGAAGAUGAUGGGAAUUGUGGGUUUCGAGCAGUGUCGGGCUUCAUGAAAGACGAUGUUCAUGAGUGGUUAAUGGUUCAAUGUCUUACAUUCCUCCCCCUCCAAUCGAAGCCUUUACCGUCCAUGAAACGAAAGGUUAUUACUAUCGGGUUUGUUGACGGCGGAUACUUUGUACAGCUAUUCCUUAAAAAAGGUUCCCCUAUGCCGCUAAUAGCUUGCAAUUGGAAAAAAUAUUGUCUUUCUAUCGCUAAAAAUUGGGAUGCAGCACAUGUUGCCGCCAUUCAGAAGUUCAACGAAAUCAUCGGCGUUGACGUAGCAACAAAGGAGUGGGUUAUAUGGAGUACGAAAUGGGUUUUUGGAGCAAAGUUCUUUCUCGUCAAACGUGCUGACAAGAGUAUUCAAUGA